CUCUCUCUCUCUCUGAUUCUCUGUGUCUGUCUCUAAGUUUCAGCACGCAGUAUGAUCAAACAAGGAUUUGUUGGUUGAAGAAUCAACAAGGAUAGUCAUAUACGACUAUUAUUGCAUGAUAUUAAUGGUUUUAUUACUCAAAAGCUGCAAGUUUGUUGAAGGAUAUCACAAGGUUAGAGUUUGAAACUUGAUAUAUAUUGUAUGAUUUAGAGCAUCAUGGAUUUUGCCAAGAAAUCUAUUCCCCAGGAAGCAGUGGAUGCGUUUAAGGGACCCCUUCAGGAUAUCGUAAACAAUACAAAUGCGUCCCUUUUUGGCAAUCCAUCAAAUUGCUUAAUGGCUACAGGUAGUACGUUAAUUGUUGGUUGUUUCGGCGUAAUGCUGUCUUUCUUCCUGUUAUACCAAAUUUUACGUCUGAUCUCCCGCUACACCUUACAGCCUCGUAUCAUCGUCGAAAUUGUGGUAUCUCUAGUUCUUUCUUUUAUUUUUAUUUGUUUUUAUAUAUGACUCUCAACUCAAGCACAAACCGAAUUCUCUUGACAUUUAUAUUUACCAGGACCAUCACAAACACUAAUAAGCAUAUAUUUGAUAGUUUUUCCUUAGCUAUUAUGUUUUCCUGUCAUUUUAGUGAUAAAGGGUUUCAUUUCAGUCUCUAUCUCCAGAACAUUCUCGUCUUACGUCUGCCGAUCUCAUUCUAUGUUUGUGUGUUUUUUGCUAAUAGUACUGGGAACGUUGGUGCAGGUAGGACUUAUUAUGGGAAACAUCGGCUUCGUGAGAAAGUUUCUGAAUAUGGUUUCGAAUAGAAGCUUGUCUUCGCUCACAGAAACAGGAAUCAAUUGUUAUGCAUUAUUCUUAGGGCUAAGUUUUGAUGUAUCAAUACUUGCGCGUUUUCCGCGUGAAGCCAUAAUAGCUUACACUACUAUAUUCUCAACCUUCCUUGUGGCUGUUACAGCUGCACCACUUUUACAUUUACAAACUGAAGCAACAAUGAAGAACGAAUUCAGUUUUGUACUUGCAAUAUCUCUAACCUUAGCGGGUACCUCUUCGCCAGUAUUAACACGGCUACUCAUUGAAGCAAAGUUCGCUAAGUCAGACGUUGGGCAGCUAGUUAUCGGUGCAGCAUCGUAUACUGACUUAGUCACUAUGAUUCUUAUCUGUGUUGCUUUGAUAUUCCAGCCUAACUCGGCAGUCAAACAUCCUAAGACCAUAGUGGAUUCAUUGGCGCAGUUUACUUUUAUACUGGUAACGGCGUGUUGUCUUUAUUCAGUGAUGCCGUCGUUAGUAAACUGGCUGCAGAAAAGAAAUCCACAUGGAAAACCAAUGAGACCACAAGAUCUGACACUAUUUGUAUGUUGCAUAUGGUUAUUGGUUGUCGUUGUAGCUGGAAUUACAGGCUACAGUCAAACCAUGAUGUCUUUCAUGAUUGGAAUAUGUUUUCCUAAAAAUGGAAGACUGAUGAGUAUCAUGGUCCGCAGGUUCCAUGAGUUUAUGAGAAUGAUUGUGUUUCCAUUAUACUUCUGAUGGGUAGGUGCAAAUGCUAGUUUUGCAAAUUUGAAAAAAGACAAGGAGGAUAAUAACUACAUAUUCGUCAAGUUCUUCUUCCUUCAUACAAUAAUGUUGCUCGCGAAAGUUUUAGGAGCUUUGGCUUGUGGCAUUCUCUUCAAAUUUCAUUGGCAUAUCUCAAUUGCCAUAGGAUUGUUUCUAACAGUUAAGGGUCACCUUCAUAUCUUCAUUGCCACUUUUGCAGUCAGUAAACAGAGGUAGUGUGUCGCCAUAUACUCCAGAUGUCUAGCUUUUCUUGCAUAUGUUAAUUCAUUACUAUGUUGUUUUUUUUGAUGUACAAGUGCAGAGCAAAUAUAUGAGUACUGGUAGCUUCGUGGUGAUACUAUUACAUUGUCUACUAUCCAUUUCAGUGGUUCAUUACUUGGCGAAAUUCAUUAUCCAACGGGCAAACAUGGAAACUACAUACCCUUUAAUGGCACUCCAGUGGUUCGACCCUAACACUGAACUCCGUAUAUUGGUUGGUAUCCAUGGACACCAGAAUGUACAAACGAUGAUAAACCUCAUGGAGAUUUCUCGAGGUAAUGGUUUCACAAGUCUCUCAGCAUACGUAACCGAUAUGAUCGAGAUGAACGACAACAAUACCGCCAUGUUCAUUCCUGAUGAUCCAGAAGAUGAUAAUCAUCGAGGUGAUGAUGAACAUCCCUCGCCUUUGCCAGAAACAGAUGCUAAUACCACGAUGGCCGAUGAAUCAGUUGUGAGCAUGCGUGACGAGAUUACAAAUAUGAUCUUAUCGUACGUGGAACAGAGCGGCGGAGGUAUUAAAGUACACAGGUUACUCGCAAUCUCAACAUUUUUUAACAUGCACCAUGACAUCUACAACCUCUCCAAGGCAGUUCAGGCUUCUUUGAUCAUUUUGCCAUACUAUAAGAAUCAGAGGAAAGACGGAAAGAUGGGAAACACACCCCACGGUUUCAGAUACGUAAACCGCAAGGUGUUUAGACAUGCACCACGCUCAGUAGGAGUACUUGUUGAUCGUGGAUUGGGGAAAACCAUCGAGAGAGGGUCAUCCGCAAGCGUGGCCCUGCAGGUCGCAGUUCUUUUCAUUGGAGGAAAAUACGAUAGAGAAGCAUUAGCUUAUGCUUCUCAAAUCACACAACAUCCUGGAGUUAACCUCACGGCUGUCCGGUUCUUACAAGACGAAGAAAAAGAAUUGAGCAAGGCGAAAAAGAAGACAGCUUAUGCCAAGGCAAUGGACGAGAAGGAAUUGAAUCUGGAUAAUGAAUAUUUUGCAAACUUUUAUGAGAAACAAGUUGCAUUAAGAAAGGUUGGGUACUCAGAAAAACAUGUUGAAAGCGGCACAGAGAUGGUUUCUAUAUUGAAGUCAUUGGAAAGCCAGCAUUCCUUUUUCAUUGUUGGCCGAGGAAGACGCGGAGGCCGGGUAACUUCUUUUCUGGAGUCUGGGGUUAGUGAUUCAGAAGAAGCUCCAGAUUUAGGACCCAUUGGAGAAAUCCUUGCUGAUUCUGAUUUUUCUACCACUGCAUCAGUGUUAGUCAUUCAACAACAUUUCCGUGAAGAACUCGAAAAGGAUGAAUUCAAAAUCAUUCCUAUGUAGUUGUUAUCAUUUGCAAACUUUAAAAGUCUGUAACAA